AAGAGAAAAGGACCUUGUCAGUCAUGGGGACUUUCUACAGAGACCUUGAUGCUCUAAAGUACGAAACAAUCAUGUGGAUUUUUGUCCAUGUGUCAGAGUUUUGAGCCAGAUUUAUACCAACAUUCAAGAAGGAAUCAGCAUAGUAAGGUAAGAGAUGACAGGUCAGGUUCUGGUGGAGAGUGCAGACCUGGCGGUCCACAGGCUGUCAGUGAAGACGUGCAUGGAGGAGGAGUCUGACAGGGCGGAGAGCAUAAUGAGUCGCAGGCCCUCUGUGUUUGAUGACACCUCCUCAGAGCUCCAGAGGGUUGGCGUCAUUGAGCCUCGGGGUCUGCACUCCAACCGUGGACGAGGAGCACUGUCCAGGUUGGUGAGUAUGGUGGUGACGCUGCGAGACUGGGCGCAUAAGAGUCUCCAUGAGGAGGAGGAGCGGCCGGACUCCUUCCUGGAGCGCUUCAGGGGCCCUGAGCUCCACAUGGCCCCCAGCCGGAUCAGUACCACCAGACCCGACCCAGACGGCACACACAGCAACAACGCCCAAGUCAAGAAAAAGUCAGAUGUUUUCGUCAUAGCCCCUGCAGAUGAUCUGUAUUACCGCUGGGUCUUUGUUAUUGCUGCUGCUGUGCUUUACAACUGGUGCCUCCUAGUGGUCAGGGCCUGCUUUGAUCAGCUCCAAACCAACAACUUCAUCCUGUGGCUGGUGAUGGACUAUGUCUCAGAUGCCAUCUACAUACUGGAUGUGUGUGUGCGGCUACGCACAGGAUUCCUGGAGCAGGGUUUGCUUGUUAAGGACCUCACCAAGCUGAGGGACCGCUAUGUGCGCACUAUGCAGUUUAAAUUGGACGUGGUCUCCAUCCUUCCAACAGACCUGGCGUAUAUCGCAUUGGGGAUCCACACCCCUCUCCUUCGCUUCAACCGGCUGGCGCGAUUCUCGCGCAUGUUUGAGUUCUUCGACCGCACUGAGACACGCACAAAUUACCCCAACAUGUUCCGCAUCUGCAAUCUGGUGCUCUACAUCCUGGUCAUCAUCCACUGGAAUGCCUGCAUCUACUUUGCCAUCUCGAAGUCGCUGGGCUUCGGGUCAGACCAGUGGGUGUACCCAAACAUCUCAGACCCAGAGUUUGGGACCCUGACUCGGUGUUACGUCUACUGUCUCUACUGGUCCACCCUGACACUCACGACCAUCGGUGAGAUGCCGGCCCCAGUCCGCGAUGAGGAGUACCUUUUUGUCGUCUUUGAUUUCCUCGUAGGGGUUCUUAUAUUUGCCACGAUUGUCGGUAACGUUGGCUCCAUGAUCUCCAACAUGAACGCCACGCGAGCAGAGUUCCAGGCGCGCAUCGACGCAAUCAAGCAUUACAUGCAGUUCCGCAAGGUCAGCAAGGAGCUCGAGGCCCGUGUCAUCAAGUGGUUCGACUACUUGUGGACCAAUAAGAAGACUGUGGAUGAGCAGGAGGUGCUGAAAAAUCUGCCCAACAAGCUGCGGGCCGAGAUCGCCAUCAACGUGCACCUGGACACACUGAAGAAGGUGCGCAUCUUCCAGGAUUGUGAAGCGGGCCUGCUAGUCGAGCUGGUCCUCAAGUUGCGGCCCCAGGUCUUCAGCCCGGGGGACUACAUCUGCCGCAAGGGCGACAUCGGCAAAGAGAUGUACAUCAUCAAAGAGGGACGUCUGGCGGUGGUGGCAGACGAUGGCAUGACACAGUAUGCCCUCCUGACCUCUGGCAGCUGCUUCGGCGAAAUCAGCAUCCUCAACAUCCGCGGGAGCAAGAUGGGCAACCGCAGGACGGCCAACAUCCGCAGCAUCGGUUACUCUGACCUCUUCUGUCUGUCCAAGGACGACCUGAUGGAGGCCGUCAUGGAGUACCCCGACGCCAAGAAGGUCCUGGAGGAGCGCGGCCGCGAGAUCCUGCAGAAGGAAGGCCUGCUGGAGGAGCUGAGUGGGGGUCUGGGCGCGGAGGAGGUGGAGGAGAAGGUGGAGCGUCUGGAGGCGGCACUGGACACGCUGCAGACACGCUUCGCCCGGCUCCACAGCGAGUACACGGCCACGCAGCAGCGGCUGAAGCAGAGGCUGACCGUGCUCGAGCGGCAGCUGCGUUACAUGGGCAGUGGCUUCCUCUCGGACGGCAACGAAAGCACGCUUGACGGAGACGGAACACACAGCGAAGUUAACAUUCACCUCUGAAUUGACUCAGUGCUAAUGAUUGGGUACGAGUGGACAUUUUCACAGCUUUUCACUAACUCAGGCCUUAACUUUUUGGUGUAUCCACACUUUUCCCCAUGUUGUUGAUGGACUGUGGUUCUGUACACCUCAAAACAAAAAACAAAUUCACGUUUAAUGUUUUACUAUUCUCCUCUGAGAAUGGGCAGAACAAUGUUAUAUGACUAGCAAAUUCCUCUCUGAAUGGAACAAUCUCUUUUUUGGGAAUGUUUUAGCAAAACACUUGGGAAUGUUUUAGCAAAAGACUGGAUAAGAUGUUCAUAUUUUAAAUUUGCACUCUUGUAUAAAAUGUAUAUGUGUGCAUAUGAUUUAAACAAUAAAAAU